AUGGGUAUUUCACGUGACAGCCGGCACAAGCGCCGUUUGACUGGUGGGCGUUUCCCCGUUCACAAACACAAAAGGAAGCAUGAAUUGGCUAGACCGGCUUCAAACACCAAGCUUGGCAGCAAGCUGGUCCGCAAAGUUCGUUGCCGUGGAGGCAAUUUGAAGUUUAGGGCCCUUAGAUUGGACUCUGGAAACUUCUCAUGGUCAUCUAAAAAUGUUUGCCGCAAAACCAGGAUCAUGGAUGUCGUAUACAAUGCCAGCAGCAAUGAAUUGGUUCGUACUAAGACUUUGGUCAAAAACUGCAUUGUGACCAUCGAUGCGACACCAUUCAAGAUAUGGUUCAAGAACACAUACGGCAUUGACAUUGUCAAGCCAAAGGGCGAUAGCACCGAGGAAGGCGCCGCCGCGAAUGACAGCGAAAAACUUAUAUCCAAGUCGCUGCAAGAGCAGUUUGCAUCGGGUAGAUUGUAUGCGUGCAUCAGCUCCCGUCCCGGUCAGACAGGUAGAUGUGACGGUUACAUCUUAGAGGGUGACGAACUCAACUUCUACCGCAGGCGUAUGGACAAGAAGAAACGCGCAUAA